AUCGACUCACUUUCCCAUCUUCCUCCUCACCGCUAUAUCCUUAAUUUCCUUCUCUCACUUGCUCACCAGUUUCGUCCUUUACUUUCUCUCUUUGAGCUUCUUCCAUGGCUUCCAACAACAAAAACUUUGUUGUGAAGUAUUUUGAGUGUAUGCAUAACUAUGCAGCAAGAUCUGGGGGCCAUGUACUUGAUGGUUGUGGUGAAUUUUGUCCAUUUGGUCCUCCUGGAACCCCAAAAUUCUUAACCUGCGCUGCUUGCAACUGCCAUCGGAACUUCCAUAGAAAAAUGAAGGUCGAGGUAGAGGUCGAAGAGGAGCCUCCUCUCCUCUCUAUUUAUCCCCCUAGCUAUGGUACUACCAUUGUGAUUGAUCAUGUUCCACCAACCCCAGCACCACCAAGAAGUAGGCCUCGUCAAGUUAGUUUGGACAGGUACAAGGUUGUCGCGAGGGCCCCAUCAGCGGCGGCAGAGAUGGGCGGAGGAGAGAUAGAAGUGGGGGAGCAGAGCAGCAGGUUGAUGAAAAGAAAGUAUGAGAGUUCAUCAUCAGUGAGAAUGAGGCUUAAUGAUGAACAAAAGCAAAAAGUAAGGGCUUUUGCUGAAAAUAUCAUGGGGUGGAGAUGGACAAAGUACAAUGAUCAAGUCACACCCUUUUGUGACGAGAUUGGAAUCACUCCCGACUUCUUGAAGAAUUGGAUUGACAACAACAAGCGUCGAAUUGGGCCAGGCCGGGCUGGGACUAAAAACGCCAUCUAAGGAAAACUGAUCAGUUGCAGCUUUAAGUUCAGAUGAUCUCAUAAUUAAUUCUCUCAAGUCUACUUUCUUGAGAAAAUUAAAACCUUGUUUAAUUAAUAUGUGUUUCCUUUUUC